UGCAACACUAUAAAUUUAAAUCAAACACCACUAAGGCUUCAUCUUCAUCAAUCAACACCAAAAUCUUUCACACAGUUCAAUCCACUUCCCUCCAAGAGUUUGGAUCUCUCUCUCUCUUUUAGAGUAAGGCCAGUGAUUAUGGGUAUCCGUCUUCCUUCCAUGAUGCUUGGAGCAAAGCAAAUCCUCAAGUCACAGCAUCUUCAUAGCAGAAACCACUCCAAUGUUCCCAAGGGGCAUAUAGCAGUUUAUGUUGGCGAGUUUCAGAGGAAGAGAUUUGUUGUUCCAAUAUCAUACUUGAACCAUCCUUCAUUUCUUGACCUGUUGAAUAGAGCUGAGGAAGAGUUUGGCUUCAAUCAUCCAAUGGGUGGCCUCACAAUCCCUUGCAAAGAAGAUGCAUUCAUCAAUCUUACCUCUCAACUGCAAGCUUCAUGAAAGAUUACCAUUUCCGUUUUUGAUGACUGAAUCAAUCCCCUUUUUCUUCCCUCUACGGGUUUUUCUUCUAUCUACAUUCUUGUCAGAGAUAGAAGAUUCCUUUUUUCACUUUGUAUAAAUUUCCUCUUAUUUUUCGGCUUUUUAUUUUUGCUUUUGCUUGGAUCUA